AUGACCAGCUUCUUCGAUAUCCAGGCUCGGAAACAAGCAGCCACAGCCAACCGAGCAGCUAUCAAGCCGAAGAACUCAAAGGAAAACAAUCAUGUACAGCCGUGGGUCGAGAAAUAUCGUCCAAAGAGCCUCGACGAUGUAGCGGCUCAAGAGCAUACCAUCACAAUCCUUAAGAGAACCUUGCAGUCUUCUAAUCUUCCACACAUGCUUUUCUAUGGCCCACCCGGCACGGGGAAAACAUCAACAAUUCUCGCCCUUGCAAAAGGACUCUAUGGACCAGAACUCUAUCGCUCGCGCGUCUUAGAGCUUAAUGCGUCGGAUGAGCGCGGCAUCUCAAUCGUGCGCUCUAAAAUCAAGGAUUUCGCGCGUAUGCAACUCACACAGCCCUCGGCGCAAGCUCGCAAUUUGUACCCAUGUCCUCCCUACAAAAUUAUAAUUCUCGACGAGGCCGAUAGCAUGACGCAAGAUGCUCAAAGCGCCUUGCGCCGCACCAUGGAAACGUACUCCCGGAUUACGCGCUUCUGUCUCAUCUGUAACUAUGUCACGCGCAUCAUUGAUCCGCUCGCCAGCCGUUGUAGCAAGUUUCGCUUCAAGAUGUUGGAAGUGGCGGGCGCUAAGGCGCGGCUUGAGGAUAUUGCUGCGCAGGAGGGUCUCCUUCUCGAAGAAAAUACUAGCGAAAUGUUGGCUCGAUGUGCAGAGGGAGAUCUCCGCAAGGCCAUCACCUUCCUCCAGAGUGCGGCUCGAUUGGCAGGACCGACAGUGUAUGGCGAUGCAAGCGCCAUGGACCUCGAUGAACAGCCAGCGACUCGUCUUGUGACCCUCACGAGCAUCGAAGAUAUUGCGGGUCUUGUUCCUAAUUCUCUUGUCAGCCGGCUCGUCACAGCAAUGCAAACCAAUUCUAAGCAUUCUGCCUACGAAGCUGUCUCCACUGUAGUUCGAGAUAUCGUUCACGAGGGAUGGAGUGCUACGCAAGUAGUUUCGCAGCUUUACCAUACCAUUAUCUACGACGAAAUGAUCGCCGAUGUGCGAAAGAAUCAAAUAACACUCAUCUUCUCGCUCGCUGAUAAGAGACUGGUGGACGGCUCGGAUGAGCACCUUACCCUCCUCGAUCUCGCUCUACGUAUCUCCUCGAUCCUAUGUCACUAG